UUUAACUUCUAGAUUACAAAACGUUACCUGUGAACGAAUGGGAUGAGACCCACGUCCGAUGUUGGCUAGAAUCUACUGGAAUCAAGAAAGAGUAUGUAGAAAAACUCUGUGCAGAAGAAGUGACAGGUCCAGCACUGAUGGAAGUGGAUGAGGCUUUCCUCAAAGGCAUAGGUAUGAAGGGAGGCCAAAUCUAUAUGUUAAUCUGCAAGAGAAAUGAACUUAAGCAUCUCCAGCACAGCGCACAGCAAGCCAAGUGUUCCAGCAGCACGUCUGACACAGCCAAGGCACAGACAGAUCCAGGAAUACCCAGAAAUACCUCAGCUCCAAACACUUCAACUGGAGACAGCUGUGAUCCAGCAGAUAAAACUAGCAAAGACAACACAGCUUCCAAGUCCAGCAGGAAGCAAAGAACUAAAAGCUCCCAGGUUAAAACCACUGAUGAAACUCUGCAGCUCAGCAACUGCCGCCCAUUUAGAAGCCAGAACAGUGAUUUCAAAUAUGUGAAGGACAAAGUUCUGGCUCCAGAAACAGGAGUCAAUGAUUUAAUCACUCCUUGCCAUGAAUACAAAUCAUUUGCCAUUGCUGCAGAACUGAACAAAAACCAGCUGCAAUCAAAAUUUGCCAGUGAAGUGAUAAGAUUUGCUUCAGCCUGCAUGAACAUCCGAACAAAUGGCACCAUCCACUUCGGAAUCAUGGACAGUGUUGAGGACAAGGGCUGGAAACAUGGCCAGAUCAUUGGGAUCAAGGUCAGAGAGCGGGAGCACUAUGUGGACGCGCUGGAUUACAUAGAAAAAUGUUUCUGUGAAAACACGCAAGAAAUUGCAAGGAAAUGCAUCCACCCACCUGUUUUUGUUGAAGUGAUUUCAAAAGAUUCUGAGGAACAAAGAUUUGUGGUGGAGGUUGACGUUGAGCCCACAUCCUGUUUAGUAAAGGACAGCAUCUUCUUUGAAGUGUAUUUGCCAAAAUACCAGGAGGGCAGCCAGAAGGUGAUCCUGACGAAAGAGAGAGCUGUCUACCAGAGACUGGGAGCAAAGUCUGAGCUCGUAGAGCACAACAAACUGGCUACUUUCAUUAAGGACUUAAAGGACAGGGACACUCAGAGAGAAAAAGCCGAGCAUUCCAGCACCCAAGUACAUGCAGAAAUACCUCCCAAUUUAGGGAGAAAGUUGUCAAUUCUACUGAACGAUGGCAAAAGCUACAUGGAUGAUUCCCUGUGGUACAUACUUGUGACAAACAGAUGUGAGAAGGACAAUCUGAACUGUAUCAAGUUUUUAAUGCGCUUGAACAUUUUCUGUGUCUUUGACUUUGAUGAAGACUCCAACGUGUCUGGGCUGUACAGCAAAUACAAAGAGCACCAUGCCACGAGGUCUUAUUUUUUACAAGACUUUUGCAAUGAGAGCAAGACUGGCAACCCUCCCCAUCAGAAGCACUCCAGACUCUUUGAUCAGACCAGCUGGGUGUUCUGCAACGGGCGCAGCGACUUCCUUGGGGAUGAAAAGCCGUGUGACGAAAACACGUGGAUUAGAAUGAAAAAGAAGUAUCUUAAGAAAGCAAUUACUCAAAUCUGUGAUGAGAUCCUGCCCAAGGGGUCCUUCAUUGUGCUUUUCCUAUUGCUGUCACCAGUGCAGAAGCCACUUGUGGAUACCUUUGAGGAGUUCUACACUGAGAUGAAUGGCACCGAGUACAUUGUCUGCAUUGCAGAGUCCAGUGAGAAUUACUUCAAGUGGGCUCAUCUAGCUCAGGCGUACUGCAGCAUGAAGACACUAGAAAAAUGCAGCGUGGUGGGUAUGAAACUGAGUCAUGUGGAUGCCACCAUUCAAAAAAUGCUGCCUUCUACAGCACAGCCCAGACACCUGCCAGUUUCCACUAGAGGGCUGUGUACACUUCCCUCACUGGAAGAAGAGAAGCUGUUUUCCCUAGAAAUCCUUUGUACUGACCAAUGUGAUGAUAUCAAAUUAGAUGUUUUGACUGAAAAACAAAUACAAGAAAUAGAACAAAAUUUUUACCGAGGGAAAAAAAUCACCUGGGAGAACUUCUGGCUGGCUGACAGAAGACGCUGCGGGGAAAUCAUUGAACGUGAAGCAUGCAAGGAUGCCAGCAAGCUCCUUGAGGACAUUUUACAACAAAACAGACUCAAUUAUUCCGUGGCUGAACUAAAGGUAUUUCACCAUCCUGGAAGUGGGGGAAGCACAAUCGCACGGCAAGUGCUAUGGAAAAAAAGAAAGGAUGUAAGAUGUGCCGUUAUCAAAACCUCAUACUCACCUGCAACCGUGUGUGAGCAUGCACUUGCAUUUAGGGACUAUGAAGAGAAAGAUUUUAGUCGUUGCCUGCCUGUACUCCUACUAAUUGAAGAUUACGAUGAAGACUAUGUAGAAGAACUAAGGAAUGAGUUAGUGGAUGCUGUAGCAACUAGGAAAAUGAAUUCCCCUAGACCUUACUUCAUCCUCCUGUGCUGUAGACGAUCCAAUGACCCUGAAAGGCUUUGCAAGGCUUCUCCCCUGGACACAGUUGCUGUCACUCACAAGCUGACAGACUCAGAGAAAAGUCUGUUCAAAACUAAACUUGAAAAACUGAAGCAGAAGGAUAUCAAGCCAGAAUUCAUACUCACCUUUGUCCUGAUGUGUGAGGAGUUCAAUGAAACAUACGUGAGAGACUUUGUAGGGCACAUACUGCAAGACAUCGACCGUUCCUCUCGGGAUACAUGCUUGAUGCACUAUGUGGCUUUCCUCAAUUUUUAUGUACCCAAUUCCUACCUUUCCUUGUCACAUUGUGAGGCUUUUCUGGGACUGGGGAUAUACACAGAAAGGAAAUGCAGACUAUAUGAAUUUAAAAAUCACUUGAGUGAUCAAGCAAGAAUGAUCUUUAUUGAGCUAAGGGAAAGUACCACCUAUAUUUCCUCUGUUCAGAUAAUACACUGUCUGGUUGCACACGAAAUUCUGCAGCAGCUUUCAGGAAAUCAACCUCAAAGUCAACUCGCAAUGGCACUUCUUCAGGAAAAGACGCUCUUUGACAAUAGAUUUGGACGAGAUGAAUUCAUAAAGUUCAUCAGAGAUCUGUUUAUUCGGCGUGGUAAGAGAAGCAGAGGUGACAGUACUGACACCCUUUUCUCCCCAUUCAUUGAGCAGAUCUGUAAAGCUGAAGGCUGUGAAAAAGCUAUCGCCAUUUUGAAAGCUGCCUAUGAAAUCCUUGACGAAGAUCCCUUCUUUGCUCAGCAGCUUGCCAGACUGCAUUACAACAACGAGAAGUUUGAAGAUGCAAAAUACUGGGCAGAGGUUGCAAAAUUUCAUUUGCCAAAUGAUUCUUAUAUUUUAGAUACAGAAGGUCAAGUCUACAGGAAAUGGUUUAGUUUCAGAGUGGAUAAAAAGACACAGGAGGACACUCCUGAAGACAUCAUUGAAAAGAUAAAGCUGGCUCUUACAUCUAUGAAGUGCUUCAGGGCUGCACAACAGGCUGCAAAUAGAGAUCGUGACAGUAUGAACAACGCUGGCUAUUUUGGAGAAGUGGAAGUAGGGUGUCGCCUUCUUCGCUUCCUGUCCACAGUCCACGUGUUCCGCAGAUGUCCAGAAGGGGAACAUUCUGAGCUUGUGAAAUACCUGAUCACAGACUACAUUCCUGAAGAGAUUAGAAAACCAUGGGGAGCACUUCACUGCCACUUAAAAGGCUUACGCCAGAACCUGUUUGAUGCCCUGGAAUGGAUUUCAGAAGACCUAAGUUAUUUCCAAACAGAUAAAACCCAGGAGAAGGAUGAGGAAGAUGAAACAGAUGAAAAGGAGGAACAAAUCUAUAAUCCCAGAAAAUGGCUAAAAAGGCAGUCUGAGGUAUAUGCCAAAUUCUUCGUCUCAUCACUUACUGAGGACAGCAGUGGUGGCCCGAAGAGCCAGCUGAUUAGACGCAUGCUUAUUUACAAGAGUGGUGGAGGCAGUGUCACCAAUAUCCUGUCAUUCUUAGCAGAUAAGAAGGAGAAUAGAUCAGCUGAGAGGCUAGAAAAGAUCCUAAGUUUCUACACAGAAGACCCUCGAAGGGACAAGCUGGAGGACUAUGAUCUGAUCAGUUUUAUUUUGUGCCACAUCACAUUAGCAUGCUUAGCACCAGGAUCAGGCAAACUUCUUCCAAUGCAAAUUCUUCGUGAGCUCAGUUUAAGAUUCUUUAAAGGAAAAGGACCAUUUCCAGCAAGUGCCUAUUUUUUGCUCACCUUACUCUACUGGCCAGAUGAGGCAUUAGACAAGGUGCCUAAUCCAGAUAAAGAUGACAUUCUAAGCUCAGCUCUUCAAACCCUGAAACGCUUAUAUGACAUCAAGAUGAAAGAUGUUCCUACCAGAAAGAAAAGAAUCUACACCCACUUUUUUCUGGGAAAGGGUUACGGCUUAGGCAAGAUUGUGCACAAGACUAAAAUUUACGAAUCAAUUCCUGGGUCCUUAAAUGAGAGGAGAAUGAAGUGGCUACAUGGAACUGUGUGGAAUCUUCCCAACAUUCAGAACAAUCUCAAAAGGGUUUCUGGUUGGACCAGGGACGGAAGCGUAUUUACACGUGGUCACAUGAAGGAGCUUCCUAUCUUGCCACUCCAUCGUGACUCAGUGCCCCUUGGAAAUGAAAAUGUGACCUUCUAUCUAGGCUUUUCAUUUAGUGGGCUUGUUGCUUUCAAAAUUGAAGUUGAAAAUAAUCCAGGUGUCAGCAGAACAUAAGGUAUUUAUUACAUUAACAGUUCCUACUGGGCUGUUUGAAGAUACAGCACUGAUACUGUCCAUUGUCACACUUGAAGACAACUGUGCUGGCUGAACACCAGGUAGCACGACAACUAGUUACCUACCAUGACUGAGCAGCUCAGAAGAAUUUAAACCUACUAGUAAAAUAUACCUUGAAACAGAAGCUUUUGCAAGUCUUGGAGACUCUUUUUAAGAUUUCAAAGGCAGCAAUAAUUGCACUAUUUGCCUGGGGACCAGGGGGGCAAAAAGAGAGUCAUUCUUCCUUCUCCCAACCCCCAAAUAUUCAGAGAAUGGAGCUGUGGAACAGGCAGGUAUGGGGGGGACUCCUUUCUUCUCAGCUCACUGAUUAGGAUUUAAAAUUAAUUGCUGGCUUGUCCUGGUUAGUAACAGAAUUUGCCCACUGUAAUGAUGUUUCUUCUUUAACAUAAUCCACUCAGCAACAUGUACCACAUGUGAAAUGUGAUGCAGCAACUGCUGGACAGCACCCAGUACAGAAGCAGAGGGACAGUAGGCAACUUUUACCUUCAUUUUCUAAAUAUCAGGAUCAAUUGAAAAAAACAGCAAAACUCAGGUCUCCAACUUUACAUCACUCUUAGAUUGCAUCUCCACAUAAACACUGCAAAGUACACCAGGUAUAUCUGGGGAUGGGUGCAGAGACACCCAGCAGUUAGAUACUGGUGCCAGAUGAUUGCUCCAGCACUGGCACAG